CCGGCGCCCUUUUCGAACCCUUUUACCCGCGAAAACGCCUCGACGCUCAGGAGUUUGUUGUUGUUGAUCAUCAAACCGUUUUACAGGAGAACGACGCGGAUUCUACUGCGACUCACCGGCCGCGGAGACACGUUUACGGGACGUCAGUCGGGCCAAACGUCGGGAAAGCACGUGUCGACGAUGAACAACAACGCGGAGCGGAAGUUCGUGAACCUGCGGAAGCGUCUGGACCAGCUGGGCUACCGGAACCCGCUGGGCAUCGAGUCGCUUCCGCUGGUGGAGAAGCUGUUCAGUGACCUGGUCCACACGACCGAAAGCCUGCGCAGCGCCAAGCUGUCCGCGGGGAAAAACGAGAAGGAAACCCGGAACGUGGAAGCGUUCCUGGAGCCGUACAGGGCGGAGAACGCCCGCGUGGUCCGGGAGAACAACGAGCUGCACCUCGACCUCCUCAAGCUGAAGGAGGAGAAGGACCGCGUCGGCAAAGAGCUCAAGACCCACAUCAGGAAACUGGACCACGAGACGUCCGACCUGAAGUUCUUGAACAACCAGUAUGUGCACAAGGUGCGCUGCCUGGAGAAGGACGGCAAGGCCAAGGCCGAGCGCAUCCAGCAGCUGCAGGAGAAGAACAUGCAGGCGGUGGUGCAGACGCCAGGUGGGAAGAAGCGCAGCAUCCCGUUCCGGCGCCAGCGGAUGCAGAUCGACGAGCCGGUGCCGACCUCGUCCGCGCCGGCGUAUCCGGCAUCGCAGCCCGACGACCCGUACAUCGCCGACCUGCUGGAGCUGGCGGACGGCAGGAUCGUCGAGCUGCAGGAUGAGAUCGUGAAGGUGAAACUGGACCUGGACGACGCUCAGGAGUUUAUCAAGCGCCUCGACUCCAAGGUGGAGGAGCGGGACAAGGAGAUCGAGCGCAUGAACCGCGCCCUGCGUGGCGGGCGGCCUCACGACGUCAUCUCCCUGGAGGCUCAGAACGCCAGCAACGAGAAGCUGGUCGCCCACCUGCACCUGCAGAUCGAGUACCUGCAGGAGAGCAACGGGGCCCUGGAGGAGAAGCUGGCGGGGCUGCGGCGGACCAAGAUGGACGCCUCCUCCGAGGUGGCCGACCUGUCCCUGAAGAACCUGGAGCUGUGCGAGGAGCUGACGCACAUCGACGGCCUCGCCCGGCGCCUGGAGAUGGACAAGGAGGCCGUGCUGGAGACGGCCGACGUGGAGCUGCACCGCGCCAAAAAUGACCUUCAGAGGCAGCAGAAGGUCAUCGAGGACCUGGAGGAUAUCAUCACCACGUUGAGAAGGUCCCAGGGCGACUUUGAGAAAGACCGCCUCCGAGACCAGAUGGUGGACCUGAAGGAGCAGAACGAGAAGGUGGAGGGACUGGUCCACUUCCUGGAGGAGGAGAAACUCCGACUGCAGGAGAAAGUGGAGAAAACCAUGGCAGCAGACAAAGAGCUGGUUCUGGAGCUGGAGGCCAUGCGGGCCAAACACGGCGUCUGCGGGCGCGAGCGCUCGCCGUCACGGCUGGACGCCUUCGUCCGGAGCCUGGAGGAGGAGCGGGACCGCUACCGCCGCGAGGCCCAGCGCUACCGCCGCGCCGCCGGGGGGGGCGGCGGUCCGGACUCGAGUCCCACUCGGAGUCCUCCGUCCAGAACCACCAGGGGCGGCGCCGCGGAGGCGGAGCUACUGCGUCUGGCGGCGGAGCGAGACGAGCUGAAGGCGGCGCUGCUGGACUUCGAGCGGCACAUGGAGGAGAUCCAGAGGGACGUGAAGGGGCUCAGCUCGGAGAGGGACCGCUUCAGAACCCUGUUAGCACAGGCCCAGGAGGACUUGGUUCUGGCCCGGAGGACGGACGGGUCGGCCGACCUGGCAGCGCUGAGGGACGAGGUCCAUCGGGCCGAGACCAGAACCCAGCACCUGGCGGCCGAGAGAGACGCGCUGGCAGAGAGAGAGAAGAUUACCCAGAAUGCCUCUGUCUCGGAGCAGAGGAGGAUCCUGGAGCUGGAGGACGUCGUUCAGCGCCUGGAGCGCGAGAACCGAGCGCUGCAGGAGAACCGAGACGCCGCCGAGGAGCAGCUGACGGUCCUGAGCGCAGAGGAGGCGUCGCACCAGAGGGCGGAGUCUAACGCACUCAGGCUGCUGCAGGAGCAGAUGGAGCAGUCUCUGCGUGAGGCUCAGCGGCGUCUCUCCGUGAAGGCGAGCGAGCUGCUCGCCGCCCGGCAGCACAUCGAGCAGCUGGAGGAGACGCUGGCGGCGCUGAGUCAGCGCGGCACCCGGCAGCAGGAGGAGGCGUCUGGCCUCCAGAGGUCCGUCUCCACUCUGGACCGGCAGAAGGACCUCCUGCAGGAGGAGGUGGACCAGCGGGCGGAGCGGCUGCUGGAGCUGACGGAGGAGCUGGCCGUCAAGGAGCAGACCCUUGUGGACGUGAGGCUCACGGUCACCGGCCUGGACUCGUCUCUGGCCCAGCUGCAGGGGGCGCUGAACAGCCGCGAGCGGGAGAUCUCCAGCCUGCGGCGGCAGCUGGACGCCGGCCACGGGGAGCUGGCGGCGCUCCGCAGAGACAAGCAGGUCGCGGCCCGGGAGAACCGGCGGCUGCAGGAGGACCUGACCUCCGUGACCCGGGAGAACCAGGCGGUGCUCGGCGAGGUGGAGGCGGCGCUGCACGAGAAGGACGAGCUGCAGCUGCGGGCGCACUCCUACAUCUCCGAGGUGGCGCGCAUCGAGAAAGUGAUGGCGGCCAAGGAGCAGGAGAACCGAGACCUGCUGCAGCGCUUCCGGGCCGCCCACUCGGAGGCGGAGCAGCAGGAGGAGAAGCUGCAGCGGGCGGAGGGUCAACAUAACUCCAUCCGCCUGGAGCUGCUGACCUCGGACACGGAGCGCCGGCGGCUACGCGACGCCGUCGGCCAGCAGGGGCGGGAGAUCCAACAGCACACCGAGGCCCUGCAGGCCUACGAGGCCCAGGUGUCGUCGCUCCUGCGCGGCAUGUCCCGGCUGGAGGAGGAGGCGCGCCGGGCGCAGGGCGAGAAGGCGGCGCUGCAGUCGGACGUGGCGUCCGUCAGGGAGCUGUGCGUCAAGCUGGACUCGGGCAAGGAGCUCACGGCGCGGCAGCUCACCUCCAGGACCAUGGACCUGGAGCGGGUCACGGGGGAGCUGGAGGACGUGCGGUCGGAGGCGGAGCUCCUGCAGCAGCAGCUGGCCAGCGAGCGGCUGGCGGUGCGUAACCUGGAGACGCUGCUCUCCUCCAACCGGCACAAGGAGUUCCAGACGCACCUGACGGCCGGCGAGCGCGAGGCCGAGCUGAAGGCGCUGCGCGACCGGCUGACGCUGGCCGACGGCAAGACCGCGGAGCACGCCAGGGAGCUGUCGCUGCUCCGGGGGAAAGUGUCUCAGCUGCAGACGGAGAUGGACGUCCUGAAGAGGCAGCUGACCAGCGAGCGCUUUGAGCGUGAGCGGGCGGUGCAGGAGAUGCGUCGGCAGGGCGUGUCCUUCUCGUCUCUGCAGAGCUCGCUGUCCCUGGACGCCGCCGCCGGUUCUCACCACGGCUCCCCGGAGCACUCCAUCCUCCGGACGCCGAGCCACUCGGCCGACAGGUCGGCGGACAAGAGCGUGAGCUUCAGGGAUUAACGACUGGAGGCAGGCGAGUCUGUUCUCACCUCAGCAACUUUAUAACCUCGUAUACGCAGCGGCAAGAAAAGUAUUAGCUUGUGUAUUAUUUCUUUCUUUUUUUUGUAUGUUUAAAUUAUUAAAUUAUUCAUAAAAUAAAGCAAAUACAAAAGCGAUGUGCGACGCUAAACUUGGAA